GGUGCUGCCAGUGAGCCCAGGAGACCUGCAAGGCCUGUCCUGCAGUCUCUCGUGACAGGAGGGAUAUGCCUGGUGCAGACAGGGACAACAGCAGAGGAGGAUCCCCAUCCUUGGGAAUGUGGGGAAUGCAUGUUCUCCACUGCUCUUUGCUCUCCAAAGUCUUACCUGUUAAUGAGUGAGCCUUGAGCAGCAAGGGCUUGACCAGGUCACUGACACAGCCACCUCUGCCCUGUGCCAAAAACAUGAGCAUCCUGUGCACCCUUGGGAUCCUUUCCAGCCAAGUAGGCAGCUCUUGUCCCUUGCAUCCUUGUCCAGUGGCAGGAUUCAGUACUCUCCUAGGAGAAUGUGGGGUAUAAUAAACCCCCGUUGGAGACCAGGCUGGGCCACGAGGGCAGCAGAUGUUGUGCUGGGAAGAAACAAGCAUGAGCAGGGCAUACUGAAGCUGAAGGAUGCUGCUUGUGGGAAUAGUGUAAGCACAUGGAGGAAGAGGUGUCAAGGCUGUGGCCUACCUAGUCCUUGCCCACAGAGGCAGUGAUGGGACCUGGGCUGUGGGAUAGUUUGCACAAUAAUAGUCUGAGGACCUGCUUGUGGCUGCCUGUCACCUGGCCCUUGUGGUGACAAACCAGGGUGACACUUGCAUUCCUGGCCAUAAGGGCAGGUUACUCACCAACUCAAGUUAAUGACUAACCCUGGGGCAGCUCCUGCAGAAGGUGGAAGUUCAGCAUGUGAGGAUAUGCAAGGAGCUCUUGGGGGUGGGAGCCUGCCCACUGUGAGCAGUGUGGAGAAGGCAGCAGCAUGAAUGGGGGCCAUGGCAGAGCACCUGGAGCUGGGAGCCCCAUGCUCACAUCCUGCUUGUCCCAGAAGAUAUGGUCCUGGCUCCUGAGCUGCUGCUUAGCCCUUCAGCAUCUGGCUGUGCAGACCUCCUUGCUCUGCAUCUUCCACCUCCUCCUGCUGCCCACCCUGCCCCAGGAGCCACCUCGUGCCCAGAACACCAGCAAGCUGCUGGCACGAAGCCUCUUUGCCUGCGGCAUCUCCACAGUGCUGCAGACCACCCUGGGGAGCCGGAUGCCCCUGGUUCAAAUCCCAUCCUUUGAGUACUUGGUCCCUGCCAUGGUGUUGAGCUCCCACCUGUCCCCCACUGCCAGCACAGACAGGAAUGGCACAGCCAUGGCCAGUACAUGCCUUGUACCUCACUGCAGAGACACAAGGAGCUGGGCUGAAUCAUUGCAAGAGGUCUCUGGAGCAGUGCUGGUCUCUGGGCUCAUUCAGGUGGUGCUGGGAGUAUCUGGCGUGUGUGGGUGGGCAGCGCAGCACUGUGGGCCCAUGGUCCUGGCCCCCACCCUCUCCAUCAUUGGGCUGUCCUCAUACAAGGAAGCUGCCUUCUUCUGCUCCACUAACUGGGGUGUAGCACUGCUGUAUGUGAGCCCAGGGACUGUACUGGCUCAUGUUCCUUGCCGUCACCUUCUCCCAACACCUGCGUUCCUGCCGCCUGCCCUUCUGUGCCUGGCCCCAUGCUUGGGAGGGCUCCACAGAGUAUUCAGUUCCUACCCUGCGCACAUUCUCGGUACUGCUCCCAUUUGCUGGUGUCUGCAUUGUCUGUGCCAUCCUCAGCUACUUCCACAUUCCCUGGGAAUCACUGGAUGUGACCAUGGCACAACUGUCCUGGGCCAACAGCACCUUCAACGCCCCUUGGAUCCGCAUCCCCUAUGCAGGUGGGGGGCAGCAGGGCUGAGUGCAGCCAUCCACUUUUGGACAGGAUUUCUAUCACCUGUCCCUUUUCCCUCCUCUGCAGGAGAGUGGAGGUGGCCGCUGCUCACCCCCCGGGCGGUGGCAGUGGGCAUCUCCAUGGCCAUCGGCUGCAGCAUGAACUCUGUGGGCUGCUACGUGCUGUGUGGGAGGCUGCUGCGAGCCCCUCGGCUACCCCCUCACGCCUGUAACCGGGGUCUUUGCAUGGAAGGGUUGGGCAGCCUCCUGGCAGGACUGCUGGGCAGCCCUGGGGGCACAGCCUCCAGCAUUGCAAACACCUGUGCCACUGGCCUCACACAGGCUGGCUCUCGCCUCUCAGUGCAAGUAAGUGCCCUGGUGUGCAUGGUGCUGGGCAUGUCCCCGAGGCUGGCAGGGCUCCUCACCCAAAUCCCACUGGCAGUUCACGGAGGGGUGCUUUGUGUAACCUACGCCGUGGCUGUGGGCACGGGGAUCUCCUACUUCCAGUACACAGACAUUGACUCAGGGAGGAACAUCUUCAUUGUUGGCUUUGCCAUGUUCAUGGCACUGUUGGUACCACGGUGGUUCGGCAUGGCUCUGGCUCCCCUGGCCACAGGCUGGGUGCCACUGGACCUCCUCUUCCUCUCUCUGCUUAUGGUCCCUGUCUUCUUAACUGGCUUCUUGUCAUUUUUUCUGGAGAACACGGUCUCAGGAACACUGGAGGAACGAGGGCUGCUUUCUGAGCAGCCAUGGAAAGCCAGGGCUGGUGACUGUCACCUCCGUGGAGAGAAAGGAGAAGCCACCCAAGCAUAUAUGCUCCCCACUAGGCUGAGGAGGCUGCUGCCAUCUUCCUGCAAAGCCUUUCCAUGCUGCUUCCUCUGCCCGAGGAGUGAGGAAGAGGAGGGCAGCUGUGCCACUGAGGAGGGGACUGCUGACCCAGGGGAAGGGACACACCUGCUCCCCAAACCCAGCUCUGGGGAGCUGCAGCCAGCAAUAAGGCCAAGCCAGACAGACAUGCCUGCAUGGCACACUGGGGCCUGACCCUGUCAUCUUGGGGGUGCCUCAUGCAAAAACAGGGCUGUGCCCGCAAGGCAGCUUGUGAGCCAUUUCGUUCCUCAUUUCUGAAGCCCUUGAGGACUGGAGGAACCUGAGCUUCCACCCUCCUAACACAAACCUAACUUCCCUGCUUGAGAGCGAGAUAUAAAAAUCUUCAACCAAC